AACCAAAAUCACAACCAUGGCCAUUUCCAAGCCUUUUCUUGCUCUUGUUCUUCUCUCCAUGCUUCUUCUCGUUCAAGCUACUGAACUGGUGGAUGGAAGUGAUCGAAAGCAUGGCUUUAAAAUCAAUUGUGGAGCAGCUUGUAAGGCCAGGUGUCGGUUGUCAUCGAGGCCAAACUUGUGCCACAGGGCAUGUGGGACUUGUUGUGCCCGUUGCAGCUGCGUGCCACCGGGGACUUCCGGUAACCAGAAGGUUUGCCCUUGUUACUACAACAUGACUACCCAUGGUGGCAAAAGAAAGUGUCCUUGAAGCUUUGAAGACUUGUACCUUGUGCAACUUUGAUGUGAUACCUUCAUUACACACACAUACAUAUAUGUAUUGUAUUAUAUAUUUUCAUGGGGUUUUUUUGUUUGUCUAAAGAGUGUUUGUUCUUUGAUUUUAUGAAUCAUUGAUGUUUAAUAAGUCAAAUUCAAUAUAAUUGUGUUGUAAUAAUUAUAUUUUGUACAAUAAAAGUUGUAUAAUAAACCGAAUUUGAUGUAAUUACACUUUGGAUGUGUUCAUUUUGGA